GAUUGUAUAUACCACCCGUAAAAGGCGCCAAAAUCCUAGUGUUUGAGAGCAUAUCUAGAAUARCUCGGAUCGAGGAGCAUGUACAGAGUGUUUGCAUCUUUUAAGAAGGAUUCAACAGUGUUUUAGUACAAAAUGAUUCAAAAUUACGCAAGUGGAGUCUAGACCGGAGGCAUAUAUCUGUCCUUUGCCGUGGUAACCGAUUAUAUGUUCAGAAGAACGUGUAAGMACACUAUGUAAUGACUUCUCAUUAGAUAGAUUGUUUAGAAUACCACUUACAAAAUGUUUGACUUUAUGACUGAUGAAGGGGCAUUACAAUAUUCCGAUUGAUUGCGGUUUACAAGUUAAAAGUUGGUUUAAUCGUGAUGUUUGCUUGGCGAGUCAUCGAAAGCAAGAUUACAAGAAUGUCGGGAAUMAGUCGUAUAUCAAUUUAACAGCAUGGAUUAUGRAUCACAAGCAUAGACGGUUAUUGAGUGAUGUUUAUUUAAACCUUAGACAUCAAAUCUUCACGGAAUGAUGUUAAUUCUAUAAUGGCGAAUUUACUGCGAAAGAGAUUCCCAUUCGUGUUGAUAUGGCUCAUUCUUAUGGUCAGUUUUAGUCAAUUACUUAUGUUCCUGUUAUUCAAAGAAGCAGAAUCYUCCGUUCCRCGUUACAAAGACUUAUCGAAAGCUAACAUUCAAAAGUUUCCCAGUAAUCGAUUGAAUGAAGAGGAAAUCGCAGGAGGGACAUUCGACAAAAUCAUACACAAAAAAAUUAUUGAAACAAAAUCAAUUAUUGAAACACCUGGUGACCUGUCACGUAAUAAAAUUUUUAUCUCAAGAAAACUGGAAAAGCUCAAAAACUUAAAAGAAACGGAGCAAAAAUUAUUUAUAACCUUCAGAAAACCUGUUAAGACAGCGCAGAAUACUUUCGAYCCGUCAAAAGUUGCAAGUGAUGCGCGGSCAACAGGCCCCGAUGAUAUAWUGAUAUCAGUAAAGACAACAMGACAAUAUCACAACACUAGGCUUGAGGAAAUUAGAAAAACCUGGUGGUCAUUAGCAAAGAGAAAGACUUUCCUGUUCUCUGAUGCACCAGACCCAGCUCUGAACAAGCUGUUUGAUGGGCAUCUUGUCAAUACAAACUGCAAUUUAGGACAUCAAAGAUCGAAUUUGUGUUGCAAAAUGGGAUAUGAAUUGAAUUUCUUCUCGGAGCAUCAWAACAAUUCAAGAUGGUUUUGUCAUUUUGAUGAUGACAACUAUGUUAUUUUUCCUUCAUUAAUCAAACUUUUGCGACAAUACAACCAUUCUAAGCCAGUCUAUUUGGGAAAACCUAGUUUGCAAGAAAAAAUGAAGGUGUGGGAUAGAUAUAAAGGCAAUCAGGAAGUCCAGUUCUGGUUUGGAACAGGAGGGGCAGGUUUUUGUUUGAGUCAAAAGCUAGUAUCUAUGAUGAAGCCAUACUUUAGUGGACAAGCAUUCAUUGAAACCUGUCAACGUAUUGGUGUACCAGAUGACUGUACUAUAGGAUUUAUAAGUGAAUAUCUUCUUGGAGUGCAAUUGACAAAAAUUGAUAGCUUCCACUCUCACCUUGAAGGGCUAGAAAAUAUUCCUGAAAAUGAAUUAAGAAACCAGGUGUCUUUGAGCUAUGGCUAUCUUGGUCAACACCUCAAUCAUGUCAAAAUAAAUGGACGAUUUGAUGAGAAACAAGACCCAAGCAGGUUUAAAUCACUUCAUUGUAACCUGUAUCCACAAACUCCUUGGUGCAAACCUGAUGGAGAAAAGGAUCAGCUAUAAUUUUUUAUUAUUGUAUAUUGAAAUCAUGAAUAACAGAGUAUGUAACAUAACAAAUUGCCAAAAUUCUACAAAAUACUGAUGGUUAGUUGAAGGAGAAAUGGAGUAAAAACCUGGAAAAGUGACUGCAGGCAACUGUUGUUUGACGAAAAAUUUUACUCGAUACUGUUAUAGUCGAGUAAUUUCAUAGAUUGUGCAAAUAAUAAUUUUAUAAAUCAAUAAAUAUUGCAAAUUAUGUAGAUAAAUUUCUACAAAAUUUUACUUAGUUCAAAAUACAUUAAAAGUUAGAAAUUUGUCAAUGUGAA